UAUUGGUGAAAGUUUAAGCGCAAGCAUUAAUGAAAGUUUGGAUUUAACCACCAAUAAAGGUUCUACUACAAUUAUUAGUAAAGACUCAGAUACAAAGAUCAAAGAAAAGGGUGUGGUAACUUAG